GAAGAAAGAGAGGAGGCAGGAGUGUGUGCACACAUCUGCCAUGGCCAUUGAGCUGCACUCUGGUGUCAAAUAUGGCUCGUUUUUGUCUCUUGCAGUGGUUUUGGUGGCGUAUUGGUUUCGAUCUCCAGACAGUUCUGUUCUGGACGACCGGUUGGACGCGGUUUUGUCUUCAUUGCUGCGCGCGGAGCGGAAAGUGGGCAUGAACGGCGUGUCCAGACCGAGAGUGGCCAUAGGUUUUGGUGGCUGCGUGGAUAUCAUAGUCGACGGAGUGACGCUGCUGAACAAAAUAGGUUUGAAGCCCACAGAUCAGCCGCUCCACCAUGACUACAUCGAAAACGCAGAGCAGCUGGCCCAGAGUUUCGCUUACUUUUUCUCCCCUGGAGCUGCUUCAGAGAGGUUCGUGGUGAACGACACGCUCUUCAGUGAACUGGUGGAAGCUUCUAGAGAGUUACCAGGGAACAGGUGGUCCAUAGGAGGAAAUGCACCUGUCAUGGCCAGCAGGAUGGCUCUGGAGGGAUGCGAUGUGCUUUUAGGAGGCAGUUUCAGCACAGACUUCACUGAUAUCCUCUCACAGCGAAUCACAGUGGCUGGAAACACUGUGGAUGAGCCAGACAUUCACUUGAUUCUGGAGUAUCCCACGGGUGCCACAUGGGGGCCGUAUACCUCCAGAAGAGCCAACAGGUAUAUUGUCCAUAGUGAUGACCAUAAUCCAUAUCUGGACUCCAUGGAGCAAUUUCAGGAGAAGCUGAACGACUUCAAACCAGAUCUGCUCGUUGUUGGAGGACUGCAGAUGAUGGACAGCUUCCCUUUCAAAAAGGGAGAGCGUGAGGAUCUGCUGGGAACGCUGGCGAACAUGUUGUCCUCGGUCUCACCUCAGACAGCCGUCCACUUCGAGAUGGCCAGUUUUGUGGAUGAGGAUCUGAUGUCAGAUCUCCUGGAGUUUGUUCUUCCUCAUGCUGACUCACUAGGCAUGAAUGAGCAGGAGCUACCAAACCUCCUCAGCCUUUUCCGCGGUAGUAACCUGACCGUUCUUUCCGACCCAAACCCUCGUGUAGCCACAGUGUUGGACCAAAUGAGAGACCUCUUCCGUCUGGUGAACCAGCGGCACCGAGAGGCCGGGACGGGUCGAGCGCUCACCCGUCUUCACGUCCACACACUGGCUUUCCAGGCCAUCAUCGUCAAACGCGGAUCCCAGUGGAAAAACACCAUGUCGGCCACCGCCAAAGCCUCUCUGGUGGCCAACCGGCACGUCUGCGGCUCGCCGGACAUCGACCUCAGUAAAGCACGGCUGAUCAUGGAUGAAUCGUUCUCCAUCAGCAGGCAGGAGGGAAGCCAGAGGAUCCCACUUCAGGAAUCUCGACCCGUUUCCUGCUGGGAUGAGGAUGUUUUUGAGAUUUGUGUGGCUCCUGUGCUGGUUUGUACUGAGGUUUAUCAGACCGCUGGAGGAGGAGACAACAUCUCUGCUGCAGGCCUCGUGCUGCAGAUCUGAAAUUCAAUGCUUUUAUUUACUUCUUCUUUUCUUUUUUAUUAUUAUUAUAAUUUUUAGCAGGGGAAUAUAUUAAUACAAACAUCGGGUCCAGCUGAAAUAACCUUGUAUGAAUCUCACAAAAUCGGUUGAGAACGUGUCCCUAUUUUAUUUCACAUUGGAUAACUCACUAAUAAUGAUGCUUUACUUACACAUAUAUUAUUUUUUAUAAUGUUGAAUGCCCUACUUUUUUUUUCCAGACCAUAUUUAAAAAGAAUCUAUAUCUUGACCAGAAUUAAAGGGAUAGUUCACACCAAAAUUUAAAUGAUACUUUCCCUCAAGGGGUUUCGAUCCUUUAAGAGUUUCUUUCUUGUGUUGAACACAAAAAAAGAUACUUUGAAGAAUGUUGGAAACCUGUAACAAUUGACCAUUCCAUAGUAGGACAAACACAUACUAUGAAAGUCAAUGGUUACAAGUUUUGAGCGCUCUUUAAAAUAUCUUCUUUUGAGCUCAGCAGAAGAAAGAAACUCAUAAAUGGUGGAAAUAAUGAGUAAAUGAUGACAGUUUUCAUUUGUGUGUGAACUAUCCCUUCAAGCUCUUUAGUAAAAUUAAUAUCAAAGAAUGGUGCUAUCUAACACAUGCUAGACACAUUCAAAAUAUGCUGUUUGUUCGGACUACUUACUUAA